AUGAGACGGGACCAUACAGUGGCUGAUGUCGUCUCCCUAGCCUGCAAGGUGAGAGUCACAGAGAAGGAAUUGUUAUGAUGUUCACGUUCCCAAAAGUUAGCCCUGUGAGUGGUACUGUUACGGCAGACAUCUUUGAUUUGAACAGGGGCACUUAAGAGAAAAGCUUUUACUUGAGGUUAUGCCUUGCUUUUUUUAAGCCUGCUUUUAUGUAUAUAAAAAAACAACACUUUCAAUGUAAUCAUGUUAAAAUCUCCAAUCUGUGAGUAAUUUGACCAACCCACGCUCUACUGCCUUUUGUGACCCACUCAUUUUUAUUUAUUGUUAUGCCCAUUGUUAGAGCUCUGGCUUAUACAGUAGACAGUUCCAUAUGUUUAGUGUGCUUGUCUGUCUGUCUGUCUCAUUGUCUCUGUCUCUCAUUGUCUGUCUGUCUCAGUGUCUGUCUGUCUCUCAUUGUCUGUCUGUCUCCCGGCCCAUAUGCUCUUUACCCUGAGGGCCUUGUACACACACACUGCACUCUCUGACCUGUGUGUUGGCACAGGUGACACACACACACACACACACACACUCACCUGCCCUCACUCUGUCUCUCAGGUGUGUGACAGAAGUGGAUGGCUAGCUAGCUCAUUCUCACACCCACACUUCUUGGGCCGGGACGAUACCAGUACCGCGAUACUCGUUAGUAUCGUGGCAAGGAGACAAAACACAAAACUGAUUUAACUUCUUUAGGAAAACAGCCCUAAUGUUGGAAACAAUCAUCAUUAUGUUGUCAUCCAGAGUCACAUGUAUUAGCACACAAUGUUUUACAUACAGCAGGUUUUUGAAGGACCAAAGAGUUAGGUCUGCUUCCUGUUUUCAUCUUUGCCAUAUUACGACACUGGUAUUGUCACAGCUUUACACACAGCACAGACACAUGUACACACACACUUUAUUAAUCCCACAGGUCAAACUUGAUGCCACUUCAUCUUAAUCACCUUUGAGCUGUAGUGAAGCCAUCCCAUGUCACAUGAUACAACAGCACAGAUAUAACCAAAUUCAUUUUUUGUGUAGACCAGGUGUCUGGCCUAGACUAGUUGUAUUUGCUAUGUAUUGCUGCAUUCAGGGUGUUGACAGAUAGUGUUUCCCUGUCACAGUCGAAGCAGCUGGACCCUAGCCUGCACUGUCUCAGACUACACAGAUGUUUGGCCCAGAACGUAGAGGUCCGCACCCCCACACCCAGUGAACUACUACAUGACCUGGUGAGCCAACACAAUAUUCAGCAUAAUACUUUACUGGAAAUGCAUAGAACAAUAGCAUUGUUUUAGUUGUGUUUAACAUCACUGGCUGAUGUGUGGAGUUGUGGUUUCUAAGCUGUAGUUGUCCCUCUUUUGUGCAGUUGUAUGACGAGCUUGAGGUGUUCCUACUGAAUGUAUUCACCCUGCACAUGACCAGACCUGUCUGCACUGGGGACUUUGGUGAGUGUUGUGUUCUCUAGCAGAUGAACAGUAUGUAUGUCAUUGCCACAGACAUCCUAUAAAUCAUUGGCUGUAUGUACUGAUAUGGUCAUUGCACCCUACGAACCAUCAUUGGCUCAGUCUCUCGUCUCUGUUGUCAGGCUUUGCAGUGACAGGGCACAUAGACGGACAGAGGAACAGCCGCAUCUUUGUCAGUGAGGUGCUGUCUGAUGGGCUGGCCUUCAGUGAAGGUAUGUUCACUUAACUUUGACUUAAACAUGAUUCAUAUUGAAAUAUUUAUACAUAUCGCCAUGAUACUGUUUGUACUGUGACCGUAUUUCUUACUGUGUUUGUUUUGUGUGUGUUCCUCUCCCAGGGCUGAGACCAGGUGAUGAGAUUGUGGUUCUGAACGGUCGAGGCGUGUCCACUCUGGACCUGGGUCUGAUCCAGACACUGUUUGCUGAGCAGACCCUCCAGCUGACCCUCAGACGGGACGCCCCGUCCACCUCACCCCUGACCUCUGGUCCCUCGACCCCGACCCCACUGCCCAACCAAUCACAGCUGCUGCAGGACUUCCUGGACACACACCACCGUGCCAAGUCCACCACAGGUGAGAAGGCCUACACACACAUACUAACGCACAUGCACAUGCACACACCCAGUACUGUGUCUUUGCCAAAAGGC